AUGGAUAACAAGAGCGGGUUUCAAAAGUUAUUGAGAAACGAUAUUCCAACGGUAUUUACAAUAGGCUGCCAUUCGUUUGCACUUUGUUCAAAUCAUGCUGUGAAGGUGUUACCUUCGUAUCUCCAGUCCUUUUUAAAGAACUUAACUUCUUACUUUUCUCGAAGUAGCAAACGUCAAAAUGACUUCAAUAGUGUUGUUGGUACAAAAGAAAACAAGAUUCCAAAGCUUUCGAAAACUAGAUGGUUGUCGCGUGAAAAUGUAAUUAACGUUCUACUAGAACAUUUGGAUGCCCUUGUACUUUAUUUUCAGUCAGAGGCUAAAGUAGAAAAAAUGGACGGAGCAAAAAGGGUAUAUGAAACAAUGAUUAACAAAGGGACAAAGCACGUGCUGCUCUUCUUACAUUAUGCUCUUAAUGUUGAGUUUCAUUUGGAACACUUUCGACUGCAUCUGUUGCAUAAAUUCGUAUCCAGUGAAUAUAAAAGUAUCCUUUCUUGCUUUAUAAAAGAGGAUGUUUUAGCUGUAUCUAAAUUAUCAGAUAUUGAUCUUAAUAACAUAACAAAUCAAAAAGAUAUAAAUGAUAUUUACCUCGGUGGACGCGCAAUGAGAUAUCUAGAACAAAACCCAAUCGUUGGUGACUCAGCUAGAUUCAAAACAAAUUGCAAAACUUUUUUAAUAGAAUUAUGUUCUCAAAUAAAAAUGCGCUUUCCUCUCGAUGAAGCUGGAGUGUUUGCUCUCUUAGAAACACUUGAACCAAAAGUAGCGCACGAUCUUACUAACUCUCCUCAGUCGAUAAUCCCCUUGGCAUCAAACGUUCCAGCAAUUGCAUCAGGAAACACACUUGAUGAACUAGACGAUGAGUGGAGAUUAUUUCGGCAACAUAAAGAUAUUCCUGUUUCCUCAAAAAGCAUCCCUGAAUUCUGGUAUUCCAUGCGCAAUCUUAAAGACGGGCUUGACCACUCUAAAUUUGAGAGGCUGUCACAAUUCAUGACUAAUUUAACGGUGUUACAUCAUUCACCAGCAUGGGUGCAGCGCAUAUUUUCCCAAGUAAAUUGCACAAAGACAAAGUUCACUGAUAGGUCGAAGGCCAAAUCGAUCACCGAUUGUCUACUCGCUAAACAAGCAAUUACAAAAAAGGUAGCAUCAUGCAUUUCUUGGGAGCCGAACGCUAAACUUAUUAAAGAUGUAGUGGAUGGGUUUUGUCAUCAUAGAUAUACGAGUGGAUUGAGCCUCAAAAAGGAAGAAAAUGAGUCUAUCGCCAUUGAAGGAGUGGAUGAAGAUGAUGUGAAUAUGUAUAAAAUUGACAAUUAG